AUGGCCGCCGCGCUGGACACCUUCGCCGACGACGCGCUCGUGCAGUCAAUAACAACAUACGUGCAGGCGUACAUGGGCAAGUACGACGCGUCGCACAGCUGGGACCACAUCGAGCGGGUGGUCGGACUAUCACGGCGCAUCUUCGCGGCCGCCGACAACCAGGCCGCGCUCGACCUGCGCGUGGUCCAGCUCGCGGCGCUGCUGCACGACGUCGGCGACCGCAAGUACCUAGCGCCCGGUGAGGACGGCACGACCAUGGUGGCGGCGGUGCUCGAGGCGCACGGCGCGGCGCCCGCGCUCGCCGCCCGCGUGCAGGCCAUUUGCUUGGGUGUCAGCUACAGCAGCGAGGUCAAGGAUCCGGCGCGCGUGACGGCGCUGGUUGCGGAGUAUCCGGAGCUGGCCAUCGUGCAGGACGCCGAUCGGAUUGACGCUAUUGGUGCUGUGGGGAUUGGUCGCGUGUUCACGUUCAGCGGUGCCCGCGGCGCGCCUGCGAUGGCUGAUGCCAUGGCCCAUGUUGAUGAGAAGUUGUUGCGCCUUGAGUCUAUGACUAAAUCGGGCCCCGGCCGCGCCAUCGCCCGCGAGCGCACCGAGCGCCUGCAGACGUUCAAGCAGUGGUGGCUGGACGAGGUGGCUUUCUCUGCGGGCGGCAGCGAGAAAUAG